CUACGUUGACCCGAACCGAAUUGAAGGCCGGCCACGAAGUUCAUAUAAAUAAAAGCACGCGGAUCUCUGGCCAGAACUACAAAGCUGUCGACCUCAGCACACCUCACGCGCCAGGUCGCCGACGACCACAUCUACCACAAUGGCAACACAACCAACAAAUCCCACCAUAACUGACCCUCUCCUCUCCCUCCGCGGUGCUCUCUCCUUAUCUGUGUCAUCAUCUGGCCAACCAGUCCUCCUCACCUCCGCUACACCUACAGACACGACUACAGACCUUACAGUGGCUACACAUCUCUACCUCCCUGCCAUAUCACAAUGCAUCCCGCUCUCAACACCCACCCGCUUCAUCUCCGUCGCCGCGGGGAAUAUCCCCAUAGAUCUGCGCAGUAUAUACUUUGCCUGGCUGAAAAAGGAUGUGGCGAUUCCGGAGUAUAUUGCGAGUGCGCAGGCGGUUAAUGAAGGCAUUGAAGAGCGGCGGAAAAGGGACGGGAAGAAAGGGGAGGAGGUGGUGGACAAGGUGCUGAAUUUGGUAUUUGUGGAAAGGCUGGAUCUUAUUACGUGGUUGGAAGGCGCUUCAGAGGAUAGUGAAUACAUUCGUCCGUUAGAGGGCGUGGGUGUGGGUGGUUCGGCCGUGGGACAAGUUGGGGCGGGCACUGCGGGUGCGGGUGCGGGUGUUGGUGUCGCUGCGCGCGCGGCGGAGAGUUCGACCAAGGUUGCAUCGGGGACUGUUGGGGGGGCAUCGGCUGUUUCUGGUGCUGGUAUUGGGGGCAGGCCGGUUCGAACUGUUGACCCGCGCUUGCAGGAGAUUUAUAACGGGGAACGUAAAAUGGGAGAUCGGAACAGCGUCCUGAGGGGGAUCAAGCCUACGGACUUCUCCCAUGUGCGAAAAACCGCCGAGAUGUUCCUGGGCCGCAAUCGCUCGCGCCCAGGCCAACAUGCACAAGCAAACAUGGCAAAGCCGGGCAUGAAAGCCGCAUCGACAUCUAUGCCCAGCGGCGCGUCUCUAAUCAAACAGCCCGCCCCGCCCUCCUCUACAAACUCCUCCUCCUCCCGCCCAUACCCCAUCAUCCUCCUUUCCCCCUCCGCCUCCUCCCUCCUCCGAAUGUCAAACAUCAAAUCCUUCCUCGAAGACGGUGUCUAUGUGCCACCAGACCACCCCACCCUCGCGACCUCCACAGCCUCCAACCUCCUCCACAUCCUCCGCACCCUCCAAACCAUCCCCAACCCCUCCUCAAACAGCAGCGGCACAAAGCCGCCCUCCACCUCCUCCACCCCUGGCGCCAGCAAUCACGCCCACCACAAACCCACCCGCUUCAUCCUCGUCGACAGCCCCGCGGACUUCAGGCCCGAUUACUGGAACCGCGUCGUCGCCGUCUUCACCACCGGCCAGACGUGGCAGUUUAAGUCAUACAAAUGGUCGUCGCCGCCGGAAUUGUUCAAGCACGCCACGGGCAUUUAUGUCGGGUGGAGGGGGGAGGAGGUGCCGCGGGAGGUGAAGGGGUGGGGCCGCGGCGUGAAGAGUUUUGCCAUUGAUCGUUGGGAUGAGAAGAGUGCGAAUCUUGCUGCGGGCGCCGGUGCUGGUGCUGGUGCUGGUGCUGGUGCUGGUAAUGUGGGAGGUGCUUCUGGUGGUGCUGGCGCUGGCGCUGCGGCUGUUGGGUCUAGUGGGCGCUGGAGGGAUAGGGGGGUUGUGGAGGGGAUUUGGAUGGCGAUUGAGGAAGGGAUGAGAGUCAGGGGGUGGGGUGGGGGAAAGUGAUUCUCCUUUUUUUCGUCUCGUUUCACUGAAGCAUUUAAUUCGCUUUUUCUAAGAUCUUUGUACCAUUAUACCAUGAAAUUGUCAUAAUUCCAACCCUGUCCCGUUGUUGGUUUUCUCACUGGACCCUUCUUUGUUCCUUCCCUCCUACAUUUUGUCUUUUUUUUUUCUGCUUUUGUUUCAGGGGUUCAUAAAUAACCUGUAUUAGAUAGCUAGACGAUAAUAAAGCGGAUAUACAGUC